UUAGUCAGCCGCAGGCAUAAUAGACAGGUCCAAAUUUUGUGAUAAAGUUAAUGCACUAGCCUAGCCAUAGCCUAGAUUAGCAUUUUUUCCCUCUCAUUAAUGGCAAUUUGAUAAGUAUUUAAGAAUUGGAUCUCGCCUGAUAUAGAUCUAAGCCUAAGGCCAAUAUAAGAGUACCGGCAAUUUGAAGGUGCUGAUCUAUAGUCAUGGCAACGCGAAAGACCAGUUUUGUAAACAGAUGUGCGCAUGCGUACUUAUUCCGAAGACGCAAGUCAUGUAUAUUCAUAUUGGUUUCCGCAACUGCGGUGGGAAAAAUAACGCGACCCGCCAUGCCCGUACAGCGUAUAGUGAAUAAGCAUCCAAUUAUGCAUUCCAUAUACUUCUAUGUAAACUUAGCCUUAGAGGGCUCAAAACAUUUCGAGAUGCAGGUACUGUCUACAUACCCUCAUGAUCGCGAUUUCUUAAGUCGGUUACGAAUGAGCAUUAUUGUAUCAGUAACACAAACGGAAAUACGGAAGAUCCAUAGAUGAGGAAGAAAAAAAAAAGAACAGUUGACAGUAAAACAUGAACAGGAAAGUAUUCAUUCUCCUCGGUGCUUGGAUGAUUCAGUUUUUCGAGGUCGGAACCGUCAAAUCGUUCUCGGUUCUUAUUAAUCAUAUUGCUAAAGACGUCGACUCCACAAUAAGUCAUAUUGGCACUUUCAUCGGGAUUUUUCAUGCCGUCACUGUAAUAUUUGGGGUGUUAGCUAAUGUUUUGCUGGACCAUUUUUCUCCACGUCGGUUAUGUAUGGUUGGCGGAAUGAUUGGGUCGGUUGGCUUAAUGUUGUGUUCUAUCGCCGACACCGAAGUCACCAUCGCAGUUUUCCUCGUCAUCUCGGGUAUUGGAUUUGCAAUGACCGUCCUCCCGUCUCAAGCGUUUGUUAUAUCUGCUUAUGGCGACAAUUACUUAAUACCGUUUUGCGUUAGCGCAAUGGGAGCUGGUGUUGGAAUGAUGAUACUACCAUUUUGUACAAAGACUUUUUUGGAGAUCUAUGAGUGGAGAGGAACGAUCCUUCUUCUUGGAGGAUUCAAUCUGCACACGGUAGUAUCAGGGGCGUUGUUCAAAGGGACUUUAAGACCACGGGUAUCACAAGAGGACAACUCAACACGCAUUUCGGCAUUGCCCUCGUCGCAGCCUACUGUCAUCGACAAGGAGCAAGAUGGCAAAAUAAAAAGUCCACGAACUUCGCUUCCUCAACGCUGUAUAACCGCUUCGUGGGCAAUUAUCUCAACCGUUUACCUAAAGUCAAAUAUCAGUAUGUUUGGACAAUAUCCACUACUGACCUACCUGAUAAUAGCGGCAUAUCUUCAUGGAAUUACGUAUGCUGGUUGGACUAUAUUCGUAAUUUCCAAUGCUGAAGUAAAGGGUCAUCCAGAACACACUGCAGUCUUUCUCUCUUUUAUCGCCGGUAUUUGCAACACAGUCGGACGUCUUCUACCAGCUAUACUGAAGUUUUUAAAUAAAGAUUUAUUUUCAUCUAGAUUUUCAUUUCUCUUGUUUGGUGUCAUCGGAUCGGUGCCUCUUUGUCUAAACGCCGCAGCGACAGGUCUUCCGAUGCUAGGCGUCUUUGCCAGCCUCAACGGCCUAGCUUUAGGAGCGAAGGCAAUCUCGAAGAGUGCCGCAUCUGUGGACGUUGUUCCGGAAUCGUUUUCGUCAACAGCACUAGCGUUCACAUUAGUCUGUUCCGGUAUGGGGGAAGUAACCGGUGGAUGGGCCACAGGUAAAAUCUGGGAUGCAACAGGGUCUUUGGACACAGCUUUUCUGUUCCUGGGUUUUGUCGAUAUUUUUGGCGUGAUCAUCCUGAUCCUGAGCUUCAUACACCAGAAAAUAAUGUACAUUGACAGCAUGGCGAAGGGAGAUAGAGAAUAUUGAUAAUCAGAUCGAUACAGCUGCAAUAAUAU